AUGGCGGCCCUGACCCAAAGCGCCAUUGACGCGCUGCUGGGCGUGCUGACGACGGCGAUCCCGGACGAGGCGCGGCUGAUCGGCGGCGUCCACAGCGACAUGAAGUUCAUCAAGGACGAGAUGGACAGCAUGAACGGCUUCCUGCUGCACCUGAACAAGAUGGAGAGCGAGCACGACGACCAGCUCCGCGCCUGGAUGAAGCAGGUGCGCGAGGUGUCCUACGUCGCCGAGGACUGUGUCGACCGCUACAGGCGCGUCUCGGGUCGCUACGGCGAGGGCUGGGGCGGCGGAGGGUGCGCGGGCACCCGCACCCUGGCCUUCGUCCUCAAGCACCCCAAGGCGUAUUGCCAGCUCCACAAGCUCGGCAAGCAGAUCGCCGAGCUCAAGGCCCGCGUGCACGACGUCGGAGAGAGGCGGCAGCGCUACGACGUCAACGUCCCGACUGGCCGUGAUCUCAAGAUGGUGCAGAACAAGCUGCCUGACCAAGAGGAGGAGAAGAGGGAGGCUUUUGUACACGCGCUGGAGAAAGACGUCGUCGGCACCCCUGGCUGGUUUCGGUCCACGGAGCCGGCCCCUGCCUCUGCACCGGACCCGGACCCGCUUGAUGCCCUGCUGCUUGAGGACGCUCUUGUUGGCCAGCUUCCUAGUCCCGUAAGACCAUCUGAAGCUGCCAUGAUGCGUGCUCUUCUCAAGAAAUGCUGUCCUCCGGACCAUCCGCGUGAAGCUAAUGCUAAUGCUGAACUUGAUCUUGAUCCUCGUGAAGCUAAUGCUAAAGCUGAACUUGAUCUUGAUCCUCGUGAAGCAGCGGCAUUCAGAUGCACCAGGAAGAUGUUUCUUUGUGCUAUGUAUGUCUACCCUUACCCGACCAGUCAAGAGCUGAAGAAGCUCAAGGACAAGGUGGUGGGAGUGACUGAGCAAGAGCUGAAGGAGCUCAAGGACAAGGGGGACGAGGUGGGAGUGGAGGCACCUGGACCUGGAGUAGUAGGAGCACAAGAGGCCAGGAGACAAGUCAUGAUCUUCUGCUACAGCAUACUGACCACCCAGCAGAAGAGCUGCCUACUGUACCUGACCGCGUUCUUCCACGAGAAGGAGAUCAGCAGGACAAGCAUGGUCAGGCGCUGGGUCGCCGAAGGGCUUGUAGGCAAAGAGCCAGGAGGAGGGAGGACCACUACUACUCCAGAAGAAGCAGGCGAGCGCUGCUUCCGUGAGCUUCUCCUCCGAGGCUUCAUUCGUGCUGCUCGCUGGAGCGAUGCCGGCACGGUCAAGAGCUGUGUCAUGGAUGACCCAGUCCGCGACUUCAUCGACGGCAUCACCAAGAGCGAGAACUUCGUCGCUGAGCUGCCGGCCCACCUGGAGCGCCAGCUCAACAUCCGAAGCAUAGUUCAACGUCGUGCCUCCAUGCCACCGCCGCCGCCGCCGCCGCUGGUUCGCCGCUGCAACCUCCGCUGCUGCUGCGGCGGCUGCACAUGGCUACUCGACGACCAUCGUGCGUCGGAGGAUGCCACCGCCAAGGAUCCCAUGGACGAGCUGGUGGAUUUCAUCAGACACCUCCCUGAGCUAUAUCGGCUGAACGUGCUGGACCUGGGAGGCUGCACGGGCCUCAAGCGUCGCCACCUCAAGAGCUUUGCCGAGGUGGAGUGUCUCAAGUAUCUGAGCCUUCGCAACACAGAUGUCUCCCGACUGCACGCCACUCAUAUCAACAAACUCACGCUGCUGGAGACCCUGGACAUCCGGGAAACAAACAUACCACCUAGCGACACCGUGAGUAUCUACCUGCCAAAGCUCAAGCACUUGCUCGCCGGCCGCUUUUCCAAGACGACGACGGCCACGACCAUGCCGGCGGUCGAGAAGGGGUCGCUCGUCACCGUGCACAUGCCUGGCAGGAUUGGUUCGAUGAGGGACAUGGAGACACUAUCCCACGUCCAGGUUUCCAUGGACGGAGCCGAGCUGCAAGGGGUCGCCAAGCUGCACCAACUGCGGAAGCUCGGCGUGGUCGUCCAUGCCAACACUACCACUGCCGCACUUCUGGGUCGAGUAAUAUACAUGCUAGCUGCAAACUUGCGCUCCUUGUCAAUUUGGGUCGCCAUCGCCGUCCCCCACACCACCACCCACCCCACCAUCCAGCAGGGCGGCGGCACCGGCAUUCUCGACAUUUCCUCCAUGUAUGAAAUGGCCUCCAGUUUGGCCCUCGAGAACCUAGACAUCAAGGGAAAGAUGAGCCUCCCUUCAUGGAUCGGAAGGGCCUCGAAGCUAGCCAACGUCACUCUACGCGACACUGAGAUGGAUGGAGGAGAUGCUUUGAGGAGGCUUGCCACUGUCCAGAGCCUACGCUGCCUCAAGCUCAGCCGCAAGGCGUUCACCGAGCAAGCGCUCCGCUUCAAGGACGUCCAGUUCCAAGCUCUCAAGUUCCUCGUCGUCGAAGGUGACGCCGUCAUCCGAAUCGCCUUCUUCGCCGGCGAUGCAGCUCCUAAGCUCGAGAAGAUUGUCUGGACCAUCGGCGGUGGCAGCAAGAUAGCACAAAUGUACAAUGAGGACCUCAUCACCGGAAUCGACCACCUUCCCAGCCUAAAGGAGAUUGAACUUAGGGCCAGCUUCAACCUGGCCAAUCUCUUGGAUCGGACGAAGCCGCAAACCACUUCUUCAGCGUGCACACCAGAUCUGAGGUAUCACGUCCGGUACAUAUCCUCAUCCGCCGGAAAUCAAUUAAUCACUGAGGUUCCAAAAACAAAAACUGAUGAUAAAACCUUGACACUUCUGGCUGGUGUUAUCAACUAA